CAUAUUAUUACUUUUAUUGACUGUGUGGAAAUAAUCAGCCUAAUUCCACCUCUACUUUUAUUUUAUAACAUUAGGCAUACAGGGAUCGAUUGAUUUAUGAUUCUAUGAUGUAUAGGGCUCAAAGUUCUUAAACUGGUAAUGGCACUCUUUGUAUUGCAUCUCUCGUAUGAAAAAAAGAGAGAGGACAUUUUCAUCUCGUUUUAUAAUUUAGAGAUGCCUCCUAUCAGGUAAGACAUUCAGUUGAGGAACAUUGUGUGUUGAGAGCACAGCACAAUUUCAUUGUCAUGAUCCAAAGUCCAACUGUUGCAACAUGUAGCAACUUCAACCACGGAAAGGACUGGAAACGAUUUAUCAAGUUAAGGAUUUGUAAUUAAUGCUAACACUGAAUGUGGAAAGGUUUGCCUUCAAUUAAAAGAUUUGUGUGCCCUUGUGCUUUUUGCACGACACAAGAACCCCAACCUUGUUAUUAAAGGAACACUUUAAACAAGGUAAUCUAAUAAAGGAUGCCUAGUGCCCACCUGAACAGAAACUGACCCACUGUGGCUAUAGGAUGGUAAAAAGUGUCCUGGUAGCCUAUGCCCUGUGGGCAGUAGGUGGACCUUUGGGCCUUCACCAUAUAUAUUUAGGAAGAGACAGCCAUGCACUGUUAUGGAUGCUAACACUGGGAGGGUUUGGGUUGGGAUGGGCUAGAGAAUUCUUACGCAUCCCUGCUUAUGUUGGUGAGGCCAAUCAAAAUGAAGAUACGAGUGAGAGAAAACAACCCCCUGACAGGAUCCCUCCACCUGUAAGUCCCAUAAGAUUUGCUGGUCAGGUGUGUGUUGGGAUCUAUUUUGGCGCCGUGGCCCUGAUCGGACUCAACUCCCUCAGUUUCUUCUACUUGAUUGUGCUGCCGUUGAGCGUGGGUGCAGGGGUGCAUUUGGUGUCCAGCGCUGGCCACCAGACCUCUGACCUCCAAAAAACUAUGACUGCUUGUCUCAUAACUUCCCCAAUAUUCUAUGGCAGCACCUUGUCGCCUCUCCCCAUCAGCCUGGCUGCCAGUGUCACUGCUACUCAGCACCGCAGGAUCAAAGCCCAGCGGACACCUCAGGGAACACAGAAACUAGUGCCACGACUUUACAGGCUGGGUCUAGCUUGGCUGGCCUUCUCUGCUCCAUUGGGUUACUGUAUUUUCCAUAACACUACAGCAACACUAUACUACUUGUCCGACUGCGUAGCAGCACUGCUGGACUUUUUCUGGUUUCUGCCUUGGCUCAGAGGUGUGCUUGAAUACGUUCUUCUGAUGCCCUAUCACAUCUUUUGUACUCUAACUGGAGGCGGCUACUAUGAGGAGGCUUGGAGGAAGGUGCUGGAAAUUUUGCUUAAAGAAUACACUGAGAAAGAGAAAGAAGCACUGAGGGUGUUGUUAAUGGAAACAGACGCCUCUUUUGCAGAGAUAACUCGAAGCUAUAGGGAGCUGGUCAAGAUUUGGCAUCCGGACCAAAACCAUAGCAAGGAAGCUGAGGCAAUGUUUCUAAAGAUUCAAGAGGCUUAUGAAAUUCUUCAACAGAGACACAGGCCCCGUUCAUUCAAAUAGCUGGCCUUUGUUUCUUGCUGACUGACCUGAAUAGUUGCCGAGUGCAAGAGAUGUGAGUCUCUUGACUGCUUUGUAUUUCAGUCACCAUUUUCUAAGGCACGUAGUCAACUGUCACUAUGGCAAACGUGCUCCCACUUGUCAAAAAUCAUUUUCAACAACUGCCUGAUACUUGUAAAGACAUUGCUGCCACCUGGAGGAGCUGUCGGUGUCAUGACAACAUGACACUGAUCAUUUUAAUUUCACAGCAUAAAACUUUAAAUUAAAUGUAAACUGGUUGUCAAGUAAAUUCUACUUCUACUAAAAACGGUUCCUUUCAAAAUGACUUGACUGGCAAUUUCCAGUAUUUGUAAGUACCAUUAUAGUUCCAAUAAACUAUCAUAUUUCAUAUGAUAAACUAGCUUUUUUUUAUUUCAUUUGAGAAAUACAGUAUGUGAGUAAUAUUUAUCA